AUGAGAACGCUCAAGUGUAUUUCUGGUGAGUUUGGCGCCCGAAUGGCCGGAGUGCUGGCGGUAGGCCUGGAUCCGUCGGUUGUGACGGAAGCAAGGCCGUUGACGGCGUCUGAAGUUGGGAGAGCGAUAGUGGUGGAGCCGAGUCAGUGGGCCCGGGAAAUUUGGCGACAUAGCGUGGGUAAGAAUUUGGAGAGUUUCUUUAGGGCCAACACUCAUAGGCCAAAGCAGCUAAUUAAAUUCUUCAAGAACAAGAUGCCGGGUGUCUUGGAGGAUGUUCCUGAAUUCCCCUUUAUGACUCGUCGACAGUUGGAGGAUUAUGAACAGCGACGUAGCAAUCGAGCAGCGGUACAGAUGCUUCACUCUGGAGAGGGUCAGUCUCGCACGGGAGAUGGCGUAAGUACGGUUCACUGGUUGUGGCGUGCCUUCGAUGCAGUUAGCGGGAGCAACGAACGUUUGUUUUGCGGUGCCCCCUUUAAAGAGGAUGCCUCUCCACUUUACCCAGAAAGAUUGGACGGUACGGGUCGUAUAGGACGGUCACCACCGGCCUUGGUUCUUUGGGCUUACCAUGAUGGACGAGUGGGCAACAUGUCUCCCGAGCAGAGCAUACAGAAUCUCGCAUUACUUGCCCGCUGGCAUCCGGCCGCGGCUUUCCGGUACGCGAUGUACAACCUGGAACGGGAAGCACCGUUAAAACGGCGGGCCCCCGACCUUUCCGUCGAUUUUGAUAGCAUCUGGCAAGUCACACGACUCUGGCUGCCCGGAGGCCCCGUGCGAAAUGUAGACGACAUGCUCGGGUCGAUGGCGUAUGAGGUGACCAUGUUCUUACAAAGUAUUAAAGACCAGUUCGUGGAUCCCAAAAGGGACCUGCCCGUAUUCUAUCGGUCCAUUCAGAAUCUGAAGCAUACCUUGGCCGGGAAGCACUACGGGAAACUGGAGAGUCGAUAUCGCGAGGCUUACAUCAAUUGCAGAGACCGCAUGAUAGCGACCUAUUUCCCAGACGGAACCGCCGCGACGGAACCUUCAGCUGCACAACGGGAAGGGUACCCAGUGGGUUCGAGGAGAAAAAUCAUCGAUGCCGACCACUACCGCCAGUCUUUGGAAUUGCGUCAGUGGGCGUGGAUGGAAGAAGUACUCGUGCGUACUCUGUUCGACAAACUGGUCUUUUUACAUGCCACCAACACAGACCAAGACCGGAACGCGGUUGCCCUGACUCUGCGCGGACCGGAACCUUUCCCGCUCACCUUAUCUCAAGAUCAACUGCGUUCCAGCUACGACGAUGCGCUAUCGGACGUGGUAGAACGAGUAGCCAUCGAGCAAGCGCACGACUACGCCUGCAGGGUCUGCUGUGCCGCCAUUUCUGCCGUCGCCUAUUCCCGAGACGCGGUGCUUGAUGCACCUGCCGAAGACGGCAUGAACGUGGCGGCUAAAUGUUGA